AAACAAUUACUUGGUUCUUACUCUUAACCCUGCACUUUGCACUUGCAGGGUUCGCUUGCUAAACCUAAACCUAAAAACUGGAAGUACGCCACUCCGAUUUGUGAUGACCGAAAAUUCACCAAUGCGAACAUAAGGUAGCUUGGGUCGGUUCCAAUUUCGAAUUUGGUCUUGAAAUUUUGGUUGUAGUCGUGGAGAUGAUAACCCAGUCUAAAUUUGCGGAGCAGCUCCGAGAUUACCAGAUUCGAUACAAGCGCAAGUAUUCUGCUCUUACUUUCUUCUCGCCCAAACCCCAAAUCCAAACUCGGGUUGAUAUUGCAGUGGCAAUUGGUUUUGCUUUACUGUUUUUCAUGCUUGUUGUGUCCUCUCUCAUGACCCUUUAUUUGAGGCACUUUUGGCUUUUUGGGGUUGUCAUAUGCUUCAAUAUAUUUCUUCCUGCCCGGUUAAAAAUGACAAGGCAAACGUUGGCGAGGAACAGGGAAAGAAGACUGCCAUUGUCCAUAUGAGAGAAUUCAUUCUGGCGGUAUCUCACUUAUACACUGGUAGGCAAGGGCUUGUUUCUUGGCUUUUAAUUAAUUUGGUCUGCCAUGGUUACUCUUGGUGCUCCAAGAACUCGUCUUGGAUACAACUUUUUUCCUUGCCUCUGAGAUAGAUACAGUAUUCAUCUGCCAACCUCUAUUCACAACCCAAGUGAAUUUGUGGUACACUCGUUUCUCAUGUAAUGCUCAUAUAACUGAGCUCGGUCAAGAGGCAUAUAAUUUCUCGUUAUGUUUCUUAAUUAGCUUGUAGAUUUUCAACAUUCAAGGAAUUCGGGCCAGGAUUAUCUGCAGUGUUAUUUUAUACAUUGUCUGCAGCUUUGACUGUGUAGAGUUGUAUAACUUGCAAUUGUAAAUGGUUAUAGUUGAUGAAGAAAUAAAAGAAAAAUCCAUCUCUGGAAAUUGCAGGCUAACUA